AUGGAUAGAUCUCAAUCUCUCAAUGCUCCUCCCUAUUUUGAUGGGAGUAAUUAUGCUUUUGGAAAGUACGAAUGCGUGCUUUUCUAUGUGCGAUUGAUGAGACGGUGUGGGAUUCCAUCGAAAAUGGUUGGGAAAGACCCACUACAGCCAAAUCCGAAUGGGAUAAGGCUACUUUUGCUUUGGCAAAUGCCAAUAGCAAAGCGAUUAACGCUAUUUUCUGUGGUGUUUGAGCACAAGCUCCAAGAGAUUGGUUUGGAGAGAGGGUGUGGUAAUAAUGCUGAGCAAGUUUCAGAAAUGAUUCAUCAUCUUUUGGAUCUCCUUGAAGCUCCUGAACCAAGAACCCCUGACACAUUCCUAGGGAGAAUUCCUAUGGUUUUUAAUGUUGUAAUUAUGUCUCCCCAUGGCUAUUUUGCUCAGGAUAAUGUCUUGGGAUACCCUGACACUGGUGAUCAGGUUGUUUAUAUCUUGGAUCAAGUUCGGGCCUUGGAGAGUGAGAUGCUUCUUCGAAUCAAGCAUCAAGGCUUGUAUAUCAUCCCUCGUAUCCUCAUUGUCACUAGACUUCUACGUGAUGCAGUAGGAAACACAUGUGGUGAGCGUCUUGAAAGAGUGUAUGGGACUGAACAUUCAUUUAUUCUUUGAGUUCCCUCCUGAUCAGAGAAGGGAAUUGUCCGUAAUUGGAUCUCAAGACUUGAAGUGUGGCCCUAUCUUGACACUUAUGCUGAGGUAUACAUGGCAGAUUUACUCCAAAAGGCUACUAACCUUGACCGGAGUUUUAAGGCUUUUGGAAACGUGUGUCUAAUAACUCGGAGAAGCGUCGCUAUGUUGAAAUGUUUUAUGCCCUCAUGUAUCGUAAGCUGGCCGAGUUAGUUCCUCUUGCUGUUGAAGAGUAAACAAAAGCUUAUGGAUUAAUAAAAUGCCUAAGCAAUGGGGUUCUUUUGAGUUCAAGGAACAAUGGAUAUUGUGUUUGAGAUUUUUUAUCAAAUUAAGCAAAGGCUUUUUAUUU